AUGUGCUUUUUAAGACGGCCGGGAGCGCCUGCAAGCUGGAUCUGGUGGAGGAUGCUGCUGCGGCAGGUGCUUCGCAGAGGGCUCCAGUCGUUCUGCCACAGGCUGGGCUUGUGCGUGAGCCGGCACCCGGUCUUUUUCCUCACCGUGCCCGCAGUCCUGACCAUCACCUUCGGCCUCAGCGCGCUCAACCGCUUCCAGCCCGAGGGCGACCUGGAGCGCCUGGUCGCUCCCAGCCACAGCCUGGCCAAGAUCGAGCGCAGCCUGGCCAGCAGCCUUUUCCCCCUGGACCAGUCCAAAAGCCAGCUCUAUUCGGACUUACACACCCCUGGGAGGUAUGGCAGGGUGAUCCUCCUCUCCCCACCCGGGGACAAUAUUUUGCUCCAGGCUGAGGGGAUCCUGCAGACCCACCGAGCCGUGCUGGAAAUGAAGGAUGGGAGGAACAGUUUUAUUGGACACCAACUGGGCGGGGUAGUGGAAGUGCCAAACAGCAAGGACCAACGGGUGAAGUCAGCCAGAGCCAUUCAAAUCACCUACUACCUCCAGACCUAUGGCUCUGCCACCCAGGACCUCAUAGGGGAGAAGUGGGAAAAUGAGUUCUGUAAACUUAUGAGGAAGCUCCAGGAGGAGCACCAGGACCUCGAGCUCUACUCUUUAGCAUCCUUUAGUCUGUGGAGAGACUUCCAUAAGACCAGCAUCCUGGCCAGGAGCAAGGUCCUGGUAAGCCUCGUGCUGAUCUUGACCACAGCCACCCUCUCCAGCUCCAUGAAGGACUGUUUGCGCAGCAAGCCCUUCCUGGGCCUCCUGGGGGUGCUCACAGUGUGCAUCUCCCUCGUCACUGCAGCAGGGAUCUUCUUCAUCACUGACGGGAAGUACAACUCCACCCUGCUGGGAAUCCCAUUCUUCGCCAUGGGUCAUGGAACUAAAGGAGUAUUUGAGCUUCUGUCUGGAUGGCGGAGAACCAGAGAAAAUUUGCCCUUCAAAGACAGGGUAGCAGAUGCUUAUUCUGAUGUGAUGGUCACCUAUACCAUGACCAGCUCCCUGUACCUCAUUACCUUUGGCAUGGGUGCCAGUCCAUUCACAAACAUAGAGGCUGUAAAAGUCUUCUGUCAGAACAUGUGUGUCUCUAUUCUGUUAAACUACUUUUACAUUUUUUCUUUCUUUGGCUCCUGUCUGGUCUUUGCUGGCCAACUAGAGCAAAACCGUUACCAUAGCAUCUUUUGCUGUAAAAUCCCUUCUGCAGAAUACCUGGACCGCAAACCUGUGUGGUUCCAGACAGUGAUGAGUGACGGGCAUCAACAGACAUCCCAUCAUGAGACGAACCCCUACCAGCACCACUUUAUUCAGCACUUCCUCCGCGAACAUUACAAUGAAUGGAUUACCAAUAUCUACGUGAAGCCAUUUGUUGUCAUCCUGUAUCUCAUUUAUGCCUCCUUCUCUUUCAUGGGAUGCCUGCAGAUCAGCGACAGAGCCGACAUCAUUAAUUUGCUAGCCAGCGAUUCCCCAAGUGUUUCCUAUGCCAUGGUUCAGCAGAAAUACUUCAGCAACUACAGCCCUGUGAUAGGAUUCUACAUCUAUGAGCCCCUUGAGUACUGGAACAGCAGUGUCCAGGAGGAUCUACGGAGACUCUGUAGUGGGUUCACUGCAGUGUCCUGGGUGGAGCAGUACUACCAGUUCCUGAAAGUUAGCAACAUCAGUGCCAAUAACAAGAGUGACUUUAUCAGUGUUCUACAGAGUUCCUUUUUAAAAAAGCCAGAGUUCCAGCAUUUUCGAAAUGACAUCAUCUUCUCCAAGGCAGGGGAUGAGAACAAUAUCAUUGCAUCUCGCUUGUAUCUGGUGGCAAGGACCAGCAGAGACAAGCAGAAGGAAGUCAUAGAAGUGUUGGAAAAGCUGAGGCCCCUGUCCCUCUCAAAGAGUAUCCGAUUCAUCGUGUUCAACCCCUCCUUUGUCUUCAUGGACCAUUAUGGCUUGUCAGUCACAGUGCCUGUCCUGAUUGCAGGCUUUGGUGUUCUUCUGGUGUUAAUCCUUACUUUUUUCCUAGUGAUCCACCCACUAGGAAACUUCUGGCUAAUUCUUAGUGUCACCUCAAUUGAGCUGGGCGUUCUGGGCUUAAUGACAUUAUGGAACGUCGAUAUGGAUUGCAUUUCUAUCUUGUGCCUUAUCUACACUUUAAAUUUCGCCAUUGACCACUGUGCACCACUGCUUUACACAUUUGUAUUAGCAACUGAGCACACCCGAACGCAAUGUAUAAAAAGCUCUCUGCAAGAGCAUGGGACAGCCAUUUUGCAAAAUAUUACUUCUUUUCUUAUUGGGUUGGUCCCCCUCCUAUUUGUGCCUUCGAACCUGACCUUCACACUGUUCAAAUGCUUGCUGCUCACCGGGGGUUGCACACUUCUGCACUGUUUUGUUAUCUUACCUGUGUUCCUAACCUUUUUUCCCCCCUCCAAAAAGCACCACAAGAAAAAGAAACGUGCCAAACGAAAGGAGAGAGAGGAAAUUGAAUGCAUAGAAAUUCAAGAGAACCCUGAUCACGUUACCACAGUCUGA